AUGUUUUUAUUAAUUCUGGAUAUUCUUGGAGGUCUGCUGUGUCACAUUGCAGAUCUUACUACAGAGAUCUGGCCACCAUCACCUCUACAGAGGAAAAUAAACGAGUUUUACAAUCAUCAGUCGGAGAAGAAGACCUGGGAAGAGGCUCAGGAGUUCUGCAGGACAAAUUACACUGGUUUGGCCUCUGUGACCUCUGAGACAAGCCUGAGGCAGCUGAAUCUAGAGACAGUGGGGACGGAGACAGAGAGCGUGUGGACCGGUCUGCGCUUCAUGAAUGGACAAUGGUUCUGGGUGAGCGGGGAGCAGCUGGGGAGCCUGGUCUCAAUGCCUUCAUGUCCAGCUCUAUCUUACCGCUGUGGAGCUCUCAACACCACGACAAACACCUUGCAGAACCUGAACUGUAAUGAGAAGCUGAACUUCGUCUGCUACUGGAAUUGA